AUGCGUUUUACAGGUAGUCUUAUACCCACCUUGAUAUGGUUUAUAUCAUCGAUUCAAUGUUUGAAUAUCGAAUCUAGCUCACCUUCAAAUGACACAAUAUCGAUACUUACAAAUCAUUUUCAAAUAAUUAAAGAUUUGCUACCUUAUAGCAAGACCUCUAAACCUCAAAUCAAGGAAGCUAGACCGUUGAUUAAAGUUCUGAAAGAUGGAGUGCCAAUAAAUUUCCACAAAGCCCCAGCAGUAAUAAUAGCUUCUAACAGAACAGACUAUUUAUUCGGAUAUGGCAAUAAAUUGCUGGUCCUGACUGAAAUAAAAACAAUUACUGAAUUUGCAACUGCCAUUGUUUCCCCUACACAAGAAUUUGAUGCACUACAACUAGAACUAAACACAUUGUCAUUAGAAACUUCAGCAUUAACAUUUGAAUCCAGUGUGGAUUCCCAGUUUACUAUUGUAAACACACCUACAACACAAGAACCAAAAGUAUCAUCAAAUGUUUUACAGAUGGAUGCAUUUGAACAAAUUAAAAAGCUAGAAAAAUUAGUAUUGGAUUUGAGGCUUGAAAUGAAAGACCAACAAAAGAGUUUUAACGCUCAAUUGUUAGAUGUGCAUACUGCGAGAAACACUGUACCAGUUUAUACUACACACAUAAUUACCUCGGUAAUUCCACUGUAUGCACCAGAAGAACGAAGUACAGUUUCACAUAAAAUUGUAUCAAUUGCAAGUAGUUCUACAACAGGCAUACAUGAAACUCAAUCAAUCGAUACUUUAUCAAAACACAAAAUGAAUAGGAAAAAUAUAUUGAACAAAAAGCCACCGCCCAAUUCGGUUUUAAUAGCUCCUCAGUUUCAAUUCCACGAAAGACUGGCUACCAAAACCGCAGCGGCGUAUUUAAAGCCAAAAAUCGUAUGGACCAGUUUUCCAACCACGACUGCAACAUCUAUGUUUGACAAUUUUAUUUUAAACAAUCUUAUUGAUGAAACAGAUUCUGAAACAGAAAGUGGUGAAACUGAAUCAGCAGACGAUUAUUAUUACUACUAUAGUUACGAAGAUGAUGAGAAAGAAGACGAUAGUGAUGAGAUUACAGCACAAAUUUUAUUUUCCGAAUCAAAAUUACCAGCAACGACAAAACCAUUUGAGGAUCCUUUUGAGCGAGUUAGCAUGGAAAACAAUAAAUUUGAACCUGCCAAUACACUGAAAGCAAAAAAGUUUACCAACACGGCAUGUGGCACAUCUACUACUGCAAUAGCAUCUUUUGAAAAUACAAUAUUUGAUAUCCCCAAAUUCUUUUAUGGUAACAGGAGGAAAAAAUCAAACUCGUUUAAAACCAACAACAACACCAUCAGAUUUGAUGUGUUUGAUUGGAUAUUUGAAAGUGGUACUGCUAGUCAAAAAGUACAUGGAUUAGUGUUGGUGUCUAGUAGUGUUCUACUAGGAACAUGUCUAUUGUUUAUUUUAUAA